CUGCCCUGAGAGCAGCACUCGCGGCUGACCACGUCGCUAAGCUAAGGAGCCCUGCACUGUUGGAGAGCCACCCCGCCUGCUGCUGAGGACAGCUGUUGUGACCUUCUCGGAGAGAGGCUGCAGUUAAAGAUGACACGCGUCCCCCUUCGGUUCAUUUUCCAGACACCGAAAGAGCAGAAUGGCUAAAUAAGACCGUAAAGCACAUGUGGCCUUUCGUGUGCCAGUUCAUAGAGAAGUUGUUCCGAGAAACCAUAGCGCCAGCUGUGCGGGGGGCACACCCCCACCUGAGCACCUUCAGUUUCACCAAAGUGGACGUGGGCCACCAGCCCCUUAGAAUCAAUGGUGUUAAGGUGUAUACUGAAAAUGUAGACAAAAGGCAAAUUAUUCUGGACCUUCAAAUUAGUUUUGUAGGAAAUUGUGAGAUUGAUUUGGAGAUCAAACGAUAUUUUUGUAGAGCUGGUGUGAAAAGUAUACAGGUUCAUGGCGCCAUGCGGGUGAUCCUGGAGCCUCUGAUUGGAGACGUGCCCUUGGUCGGAGCUUUGUCUCUGUUCUUCCUGAGGAAGCCACUUUUGGAGAUUAACUGGACAGGCCUGACCAACCUGCUGGAUAUCCCGGGACUGAAUGGCCUGUCAGAUACCGUCAUCCUGGACAUAAUAGCCAACUACCUGGUGCUCCCCAACCGCGUCACCGUCCCUCUGGUCAGUGAGGCGCAGAUGGCACAGCUGCGGUUCCCUACCCCGAAGGGUGUUCUGAGGAUACAUUUUAUUGAAGCUCAGGAUCUUCAGGGGAAAGACACUUACCUUAAAGGACUUGUCAAGGGGAAGUCAGACCCCUAUGGGAUUAUUCGAGUUGGCAGCCAGAUCUUCCAGAGCAGCGUAGUCAAAGAGAGCCUGAGUCCCAAGUGGAACGAGGUUUACGAGGCUUUGGUGUACGAGCACCCGGGACAGGAGCUGGAGAUCGAGCUAUUUGACGAGGACCCCGACAAAGACGACUUCUUAGGAAGCCUCAUGAUCGACCUCGCCGAAGUCGAAAAGGAGCGCCUUUUAGAUGAGUGGUUCCCUUUGGACGAGGCUCCUCGAGGGAAACUGCGCUUGAAGCUGGAGUGGCUCACGCUGGUUCCCGACGCGGCCAGGCUCGACCAGGUGCUGGCAGACAUCAGAGCUGACAAAGGCCAGGCCAGCGAUGGUCUUUCUUCUGCAUUGCUGAUCCUGUAUCUGGACUCAGCAAGGAACCUUCCGAGUAACCCAUUAGAAUUUAACCCCGAUGUCUUGAAGAAGGCUGCAGUUCAGAAAGCUUUCAAGUCCGGGAAGAAAACAAGCAGCAGCCCAAACCCCCUCGUCCAGAUGUCGGUUGGGCACAAGGCUCAAGAGAGCAAGAUUCGCUACAAAACCAAUGAACCUGUGUGGGAGGAGAACUUCACUUUCUUUGUUCACAAUCCCAGGCGCCAGGACCUUCAAGUCGAGGUCCGAGAUGAGCAGCAUCAGUGUUCUCUGGGAAGCCUGAAAGUCCCCCUCAGCCAGCUGCUUGCCAGUGAUGACAUGACCAUGAACCAGCGGUUCCAGCUCUGCGAUUCAGGCUCAAACAGCACCAUAAAAAUGAAGAUCGCCCUCCGGGUGCUGCAUCUGGACAAACAGGAGCGGCCUCCGGACCACCAGCACUCAGCCCGAGUAAAGCGGCCCUCUGUCUCCAAGGGAGGGAGGAAGGUGCCUGUCAAGUCUCCGGUUGAGCCUGCAUCUCCAGGCACUGGUGGCAGCACGGCGCCCCCAACACCGGUCCUUGGGGGCGGCGGUCAAGAUGGUGCAGGGGAGAGAGCCCCACCCCCGGAGCCCAGCCCCUUGGGGCUGCAUGACCUGGGCAGAAGCUCGUCCAGCCUCCUGGCCUCCCCAAGCCACGCCUCGGUCAAGGAGCCCACGCCUAGCAUAGCCUCGGACAUCUCGCUGCCCAUCGCCACCCAGGAGCUGCGGCAGAGGCUGCGACAGCUAGAAAACGGGACGACCCUGGGGCAGUCCCCUCUGGGGCAGAUCCAGCUGACCAUCCGGCACAGCUCGCAGAGAAACAAGCUCGUCGUGGUGGUGCAUGCCUGCAGGAACCUCAUCGCCUUCUCCGAAGACGGCUCUGACCCGUACGUCCGCAUGUACUUGUUACCAGACAAGAGGAGGUCGGGAAGGAGGAAGACCCACGUGUCCAAGAAAACCUUAAACCCAGUGUUCGAUCAAAGCUUUGACUUCAGCGUCUCACUGCCAGAAGUACAGAGAAGGACGCUGGAUGUGGCCGUGAAGAACAGUGGUGGCUUCCUGUCCAAAGACAAAGGGCUUCUUGGCAAAGUACUGGUUGCUCUGACAUCUGAGGAACUCACCAAAGGCUGGACCCAGUGGUAUGACCUCACGGAGGACGGGACGAGGCCACAGGUGGGGACAUAGCCGCGCUGGACACGAGGGACCUGAGGCCUCCUCGGGGCACCUCCUCACCUCAGCUUGGAACACAUCCCCUACACACACCAAUGUUUUAAUUUCAUGUAUCAGUUGUAUGUACCUUUGUAGGAUUUAUAUAGCCUUUGGCAUUUGGGGCCUAUUUGGCCAAUAUUACCUUUCAGUUUUGUAUGUUGAGUCUCCUCCCGGCUUUACCAGUUGUUGGAGCGCGGUGGGUGGCAGCUCGUCACUGUGUUCCGUGGCUCUGCCGUCCCCGCUCCUGGAAGCAGGUGUGUGCACAUGCUCUGCUAUUGCCUUGCUCGCAUACCCCUGGGGUGCACUAGGCCAUGUAAAUAGACUCUCUUUUUAUAAUCUCUACCUGCUGCUUUGAAUUCAGAAGAAAAUGGAUCAAGGAAAAUAUAUUUUUUCUUUCAAAACUUAUUAAAUUCUUGGGACAAGUAAUCAUUUUCAUCUUUGCAGCAAAAAGUGUUAGUGACCUAUUUUGUGAUAUUUCCUUUAAAAAAAAACAAAAGAUUAUUAAAUAUAUUUCUGCCCAUUAUGGAUGCUAAAAGAAAGGACUCAAAAUUAUUAGAGUUUUUUAAAAGAUAGAUUAUUGAUAAGUCAGUUGAAGGAUUUAUAAGAAAAAUAUUUUAUAACUGAGUAAUAUAAAAUAUUAAGAGAAUUAUUAUUCUUCGUAAGUCAUAGUGUACUAAUCUGAAAUUUCCGGUAUAAGAAUGAAACAUCUUCGGUUUAUAUCUCACUGCCUGUUGUAGCUGCUUCAUGAGGCCGUGCUCAGAUGCACACACUGCUCUCUCUGUAAGACCGAGAACGUAGCAGUGGGCCUUCAUGGAGGCCGCUGCACCCACAGUGAGCUCCGUGGGGCCCCAGCCCUCCUGUCUGCGAGCCACAUGCCGUCCUCCACGUUGGGAGAUGGCCCAGCAAGGGGUGGUAGGAGGCUGUGGUGAAGCCGAAAGCUUGUGGCUUUCCUGCUAAUGAGGAGAGCCUGUGGCAUGUCCCACGCUGACGUGUCGGGGAGCAGGAACUCGAUUUGGCCCUCUGGACACCCCAGGCCCCCAGACCCGGACCAGUCCUCACAGCUGCCCUGGGCACCUUGACUUCCUGCCGUGCCUGAUCGCAGCACUGGGAUGUUGUAGCAGUUCUUCAUCUGGAACCUUUUCAUUGGCUUAUUAUAAGCAUGUCUUUCAUAUGUAAGAGUCCCCCAAACUUCUUGCGAGGCUUGUUGGGGGUGCUGUGGGCUGCGUGUCUCUGACACAGGAUGUGUGUGUGCAGAGAUUCUAAGUGUGUGCUAUGAGCUGUGUGGGGAAAGGGCUCCAUAGCCCUGAGGACAUUUGGAAACUGGGGCACAUGCAGCCACGUGGCCGAGAGGGGAGCUCUCAUCUGUUCUGGCACCGGGCAGCUCGUGACAACUUCUGUGAUCAGCCAGACUAAAGUGCCUGUGGCAGGAGCUGGUGCCUCUCUACCACCCUUCCCCUGCAGGUCCCACCCUGUCCUAACUCCCACCCGACACUUGGAGCCGUGGCGCGUUGGUCUGGGGUGCCUGGCCUCCAUGCAUUCGUGCAGCCUGCGCCUCUCUUCACCCCACCGGCCAUUGGCGACCGUGUCCAAAGUUGCCAUGCACAGUCGGUUGCUCUGGGAGGGAGCAUGUACCUGCAUUGACACACGUGGGUAUGCGGGCACAGCGUGAGCUGCAGUGUUGCACCGUCACCAGCCUGUGCACCAGGUGACUUUGACCGUUGCUGACAGUCCUGGGCUUUGGAAGGCUUCUUUGUCACCUGAGAGAAGCAGCUCUGAUUCACAGCACCUUGACCAGGCGCUGGGCCCGCACGCGGACGCUCUGCCGAGCCUGGGUCUGGCCUGACUGGGUGUGCUGCUUAUCCGGGCCUCCGAGCAGAGUAGACGGUGUUCAAGGAUCAGCGCACAGAGGAAGCCAGCUGAGCACGCAGUGCCAUGCUCUCUGCCGUGACUUCAGGAGAGGAGAGCCGUCCCCAGGGGCUAGGUGACAAGGACCGCUGAGGCCACUCGUAGCCGCCUCUGUACGUUGUGGAAGGGAAGAAGGAGGGGGCAGCUCUGGGCACUGCAACCUCUGCAGGUGUGGCUCUGCCCACAUCCCAUGGGCAGGGCUAGUGUUACCAUCGAGGCCACACUCAGCACUCCAGAACCCCAGAAGGAUUACAGAGUCGUCCCCAAAUGUGCAUCCAUAGUUUUGACUGAUCUCGGGAAAGGGAACCUCAACUUUUUUUACUUCAAGCCAAACCAAAGGAGGAGACGUGAACGCAGGUGCAUCUGAAGCAGCCCGCUGGCGUGUGCGGGCCGUGCACCCCGGUGCCUUACCAUGUGAGGGAGUCGGCAGGAGCUGCCUCUGGCCAUAGCUCCCAGCCUGCAUUCUGUCCCAUGAGAGCUGUUUACAGAUGCUCUCUAUCAAGUGAGCAGCCCUUCCUUUCCAGAACCGAGGCCGAGCGCCAGCCAGCCUGAGAGGCUGUGCAUCUGUUUUGGGGUGCUGCUUCCCAGGCCUAGCCAGCCCCCCUGCGCUGCAGGACGGGGUGGGGGGUUCUGAAGUCACAGAAUGUCCUUUCUGCUCGACUAGUUUUACAUGACAGUGCAUGUAUUUAUUCAAUAAAGCCUUUCUUAGCUCA